AUGUUUUUUCACAUUGACUUGGUGAUAUCAAGUACCGGGUUGGUACUGGAGUUGUCCAAAUCGUCACUGCGUGUCAUUGCUAUUGUCAAUGUAAUGCGAUGUACUGUACGAAUUAGAUUCAAAACUUUGUUUACAAACAUAUGCAAUGUGGCACUGUGGACUCCACAGUGUGGCGUUCUGUCAGGUCUGUGGAUGUGCUGCAAUGGCAAGGAAAUCGCACGAAUUGGAGCACACUUCCUGCUAAGGGUAAAGUGGUUGCUUUGCCGCUUUGAGGGUGCGCAGGCUGCCUUCAGCAAGAGUGCAUGA